ACAAUACCUCUCUCUCUCUCUCUAAAGAAAGUUUUCUCUCUCUAAGAAUAUAUAUACAAUUUGGUAUAGCAAUGAGUUGGAGAUAAGCUGAGUGGAACCGCCCCUCGACUGAUUCUACCAUAGAAGGCGAAGACGACAGAAAGAUAUAUAUUAAAGAUGAAAGGGAACAGUGAAGAGAAAUUAAUGAAAACAUAUUGGAUGAGGUCUGCUUUUCAGAAGAACAAAGCUUCUUCAAAAUCGACUCUUAUUGCUUCCUUGUUCUUCUGUCUACUUCCAUUGCUGUUUUUGGCUGCUUGGAUUAACCUAGCUAAGUACGCAUGCUUCUCCUCUCAAAAAGCACUUCAAAAUAAUCCUUCAAAUUCUGAUCUCCAGUUCCCUCUAAAUUGCUCUAUAUGGAUCCAAACCAAUACAUGCCCAAAAUAUUACCCAACCUCAUACAAACCCUCCAAUCCAAACCCCUUAUUGAACCCGAAAUGCCCAGAAUUUUUUCGAUGGAUUCACGAAGAUUUGAGGCCCUGGAGAGAGACAGGAAUCACAACGGAAAUGGUCGAAAAAGCACGCAAAACUGCCCAUUUCAGAUUGGUGAUUUUGGAUGGGAAAAUUUAUGUGGAGAAAUUCAGGCAAUCGAUUCAGACAAGGGCUUUAUUCACAAUGUGGGGAAUUUUACAGCUUAUGAGGUGGUACCCUGGGAAAUUGCCUGAUUUGGAGCUCAUGUUUGACUGUGACGACCGGCCGGUGAUUCAAGCGAAACACUUCCAGAGGCCGGACUCUGGACCGCCGCCACUGUUCCGGUACUGUUCAGAUUGGAAGAGCUUGGACAUUGUAUUCCCCGACUGGUCUUUCUGGGGCUGGGCAGAGACAAAUAUAAAGCCAUGGAGAAUAGUAUUGAAGGACAUGAGAGAAGGAAAUAAGAAAACCAAAUGGGAAGACAGAGUGCCCUACGCCUACUGGAGGGGAAACCCCAAUGUGUGUCCAUGGAGGGCUGAUCUUAUGAAGUGCAAUGUUACUGAUAAAAAUGACUGGAACACCCGUCUUUACGUUCAAGAUUGGGAUAAGGAAGCCAAAAUAGGGUACAAGCAAUCAAAUGUUGCAGACCAAUGCACACACAGAUACAAAAUAUACAUUGAAGGAUGGGCAUGGUCUGUUAGUGAAAAAUAUAUUUUAGCCUGCGACUCGCCCACAUUGCUAAUGACACCGCGUUGGCAUGAUUUCUUCAUAAGGGGCAUGAUUCCACAGCAACAUUAUUGGCCAGUUAGGGACAAUGACAAAUGCAAAUCUCUAAAAUUUGCUGUUGACUAUGGUAACAAUCAUACUCAAAAGGCAAAGGCCAUUGGAGAAGCCGGGAGUAGCUUUAUCCACAACGAUCUAAAGAUGGAAAAUGUAUAUGAUUACAUAUUUCAUCUUCUAAAUGAGUAUGCAAAGCUCUUUAAAUACAAACCCACAAUUCCUCCAAAUGCAAUGGAGCUUUGUGCAGAAGCAAUGGCAUGCCCUUCAUAUGGGAUAUGGAAGGAAUUCAUGGAAUUAUCCUUAGAGAAAUCUCCAAGUAAUUCUAUUCCAUGCACAAUGCCUCCACCAUACGAGCCCCAAGAAUUGAAGUCUUUUAUUGAUGCAAAGGUGAAGUCUACUAAGGAAGUUGAGGGAUGGGAGAACGAGUAUUGGGAGAAACAAAUCAAGAACAAAUAAACCUUUUUUUUUUUUUUUAAAUUCUAUUUGCUAAUUUUGUAUUUUUCUUGGAUUUUAAUGGAGGUUAGAGUAAGAGCUUGUUUGAUUUAGAUUAAAAA